AUGGCCAGUGGGGAGGAUGCCGCGGACAGGGAGGUGCAGUUUUCCGCCGAGGCGUUGGCGGAGGAUGCGAAGAACUACCACGCAUGGGCGCACCGGCAGGUGUUCGCGGCCAGGCGGGGGGCCUGGGAGGAGGAGCUGGCGUUCGUCGAGGGGAGGCUGGAGGAGGAUUUGCACAACAACUCUGCAUGGACGCAGCGGUUUUUCGUGCUGAAGGGCCGCCUGGAGGGCAGGGGGGACCCGGGCACGCUCCUGGCCGGCGAGCUGGACUAUGUGUUGGGAAAGAUCCGGGCGGCGCCGCACAACGCGGCGGCGUGGAGGUAUUUGAUCGGGAUCUGCAACGGCCGGCCGCUGGGGGGGGUGUUUUGGCGGGAUCCCGGGAGGGUGUUUCGGUUCGGGGCCGAGGUGCUGGCGGAGUGGUCGUCGUGCGUGCCGGCGCUGGACGGGAUGGCGGAGCUGUACGCGGCGCUGGCUGGGAUGGCCAGGGCGAGGGGGCGGGGGGGCCGCGCGGCCAAGGCGGAGGAGGCGGCCAAGAGGCUGUGGGACCGGCUGGAGGUGUGCGACCCGCUGAGGAGGAGAUAUUGGAGGGAGCGGUGCAGGACGUUGGGCCAGUCUUGCAGUGGGAAAUGA